CGUCUCCAAAGCUUGUUAUUACAUGUUUUGAUGGGAGUUGGAACGACUGGAUCUCUCUGGACCCGAGUUGGGUUGACUUGACCCGGUUUGCAGACCUCCGAAGUUACCUCUCUAGAGAUUGCGUGUGUGUCUGAAUUUGCUAUUCUGUGUACUGUUUUGUCGGCAAUAUGAAUACUGGUGGUCGGCUCAUCGCUGGUUCUCACAACAGGAAUGAGUUCGUCUUAAUUAAUGCAGACGAGAGUGCCAGAAUAAGAUCAGUGGAAGAACUAAGUGGGCAAACAUGUCAAAUCUACCUUGCUAUGAGUAUGAGAGACGAGAAGGAAACCAAUCUUGUCCUCAGUGCAAAACUCGUUACAAGCGUAUCAAAGGAAGUCCAAGGGUUGAAGGAGAUGAGGAGGAUGAUGGAAUUGAUGAUCUUGAUUUUGAGUUUGAUUUUAGUAGGAGUGGCCUUGAAUCUGAAACUUUCUCUCGCCGCAACUCGGAGUUUGAUUUGGCCUCUGCUCCACCUGGCUCACAGAUCCCUUUACUGACUUAUGGAGAGGAGGACGUUGAGAUUUCUUCUGAUAGUCAUGCUCUCAUUGUUUCUCCAUCACCUGGUCAUAUCCAUAGGGUUCAUCAACCUCAUUUUGCUGACCCCGCCGCACAUCCAAGACCAAUGGUACCUCAGAAAGACCUUGCGGUUUAUGGAUAUGGAAGUGUUGCGUGGAAGGAUCGUAUGGAAGAGUGGAAGAGAAAGCAGAAUGAAAAAUAUCAGGUGGUUAAACACGAUGGAGAUUCUAGUCUUGGCGAUGGAGAUGAUGCUGAAAUUCCCAUGAUGGAUGAGGGAAGGCAGCCUCUGUCUAGGAAAGUACCAAUAAAGUCGAGCAAAAUAAAUCCGUACAGAAUGCUAAUCAUUCUCCGUCUUGUGAUUCUCGGUCUCUUUUUCCAUUACCGUAUUCUUCACCCCGUCAAUGAUGCUUACGCCUUGUGGCUAAUAUCCGUCAUAUGCGAAAUAUGGUUUGCGGUUUCAUGGGUUCUUGAUCAGUUCCCUAAAUGGUAUCCUAUAGAAAGAGAAACAUGCUUGGACCGGCUGUCAUUGAGGUACGAGAAAGAAGGGAAACCAUCUGAACUAGCCGGUGUGGAUGUUUUUGUGAGUACAGUGGACCCCUUGAAAGAGCCUCCACUUAUUACAGCAAACACUGUUCUGUCUAUUCUUGCGGUUGAUUAUCCGGUAGACAGGGUUGCUUGUUAUGUGUCUGAUGAUGGUGCUGCUAUGCUCACUUUUGAAGCCCUUUCAGAAACAGCAGAAUUUGCAAGAAAAUGGGUUCCUUUCUGUAAAAAAUACAGUAUCGAGCCACGAGCUCCCGAAUGGUAUUUUUGCCACAAGAUGGAUUAUUUAAAGAAUAAAGUUCACCCUGCAUUUGUUAGGGAACGCCGAGCUAUGAAGAGAGAUUAUGAAGAAUUCAAGGUUAAGAUCAAUGCUUUAGUUGCGACUGCACAGAAAGUGCCUGAAGAAGGUUGGACUAUGCAAGACGGUACUCCUUGGCCUGGUAAUAACGUGCGAGAUCAUCCUGGCAUGAUCCAGGUCUUCCUUGGAAAUAACGGUGUCCGCGAUGUAGAAAACAACGAGUUGCCUCGGCUGGUUUAUGUUUCUCGUGAGAAGAGACCCGGAUUCGACCAUCACAAGAAGGCUGGAGCCAUGAACUCCCUGAUACGAGUCUCUGGAGUUCUAUCAAAUGCUCCUUAUCUUCUAAAUGUUGAUUGUGAUCACUACAUCAAUAAUAGCAAAGCUCUUAGAGAAGCAAUAUACUCUAAUCGUAAUGUUGUAUUCUUCGAUAUUAAUAUGAAAGGUUUGGAUGGAUUACAAGGGCCUAUAUAUGUUGGAACCGGAAAGAAUCGUAAGACAAAGACAACGGAUAAGAAAAAGAAGAACAGGGAAGCCUCAAAGCAGAUACAUGCGCUAGAAAAUAUCGAAGAGGGCACCAAAGGCACUAAUAAUGAGGUGAAAUCACCAGAGGCUGCACAACUGAAGUUGGAGAAGAAGUUUGGACAGUCUCCUGUUUUUGUUGCGUCUGCUGGUAUGGAGAAUGGUGGGCUUGCUAGGAAUGCGAGUCCAGCUUCUCUGCUUAGAGAAGCCAUCCAAGUCAUUAGUUGUGGAUAUGAAGAUAAAACCGAAUGGGGAAAAGAGAUUGGGUGGAUCUACGGUUCUGUCACUGAGGAUAUCCUUACGGGUGGAUUGAAAUGGCUCGAGAGAUUGUCUUACAUCAACUCUGUGGUUUAUCCAUGGACCUCUAUUCCACUCCUCGUUUACUGUUCUCUCCCUGCUAUCUGUCUUCUCACUGGAAAAUUCAUCGUCCCUGAGAUUAGCAACUAUGCAAGUAUCCUCUUCAUGGCACUUUUCGGGUCGAUUGCUGUAACGGGAAUUCUCGAGAUGCAAUGGGGUAAAGUAGGCGGUCCUAUCCUCGAGAUAUGUGGUUUGGACUGCCUUUGAUUGAUCUCGAGUUGAUAUGAUGAUGAUACAUAACAAAUUUUCCACAGAGGUAAGUAAAGAGGAAAGAGUCACACAUUUGUUUGUUUACUGUGUUAAUUAUUGUUGGGAACAAAAGAUCCUUGUUAGA